UCGUUGACAGUCGAUUCGAUCCCUCAUUUGCCGUGAGCGGUUGGGCGUGUCCGCGAUAUCUACUAUAUAUCUACUCCUCAGUUCUUACUGUAAGAAACACAAGCUCCGCCACCAGAAAAUGCUUACACGCAACGUACUUGCUCCUUCCUCUCCAUGGCCGGUCGUUUCAUUUGAUUUCCGCUGUCAAGUAUCUGAUAAGCUAUUGACUCGUCACAGCCUCAACUAUGGGCAUGACCGAGGACCCAAGAAGAAUAAGAGUUUACGACUCAGGGCUGGCUUUUGGGACUCCAUCAAAUCUGGGUUUUUAAAGAACAAUGGCUUGCAAGUCAUUGAAACACCCUCUGAACCCCAGGAAGAUGAGGAACCUUUGCCCCAAGAAUUUGUCCUCAUUGAAAAGACUGAACCAGAUGGAGCAGUUGAACAAAUAAUAUUCUCUUCAGGUGGAGAUGUUGAUGUGUAUGAUCUUCAAGCCCUAUGUGAUAAGGUGGGGUGGCCUCGGAGGCCAUUGUCAAAACUAGCUGCAGCUUUGAAAAAUAGCUACAUGGUAGCCACACUGCACUCUAUUAGGAAAUCAUCUGGUUCAGAAGGGAAUGACCAAAAGAAGCUAAUUGGAAUGGCUCGUGCUACAUCAGAUCAUGCCUUCAAUGCCACAAUUUGGGAUGUCCUUGUUGAUCCUUCCUAUCAGGGGCAAGGCCUUGGUAAGGCCCUUGUUGAAAAGCUUAUAAGGGCUCUUCUGCAAAGGGACAUUGGCAAUAUAACACUCUUCGCAGAUAGUCAAGUUGUGGAGUUCUAUCGGAAUUUAGGUUUUGAACCUGACCCGGAGGGUAUCAAAGGUAUGUUUUGGUAUCCAAAGUGCUAAUUCUCUCUUCAACAAAAUCAAGUUUGUUUUUGCUCUUAUAAAAUUGAUUUUUAUUUUUAUUUUUGUGAGUUUGGAUGGGACAUUGGGACAUUGGUGUUGGUGAGGUGUAUGGAAGACAGAUAAUUAACCACUUAUAGUCUGUACAUAUGACAUUAAUGCCUAAUGAUUGGUGUGGUUAUCUCCUCGUUUGGAAUCAGAAAAGAGCACAGAAUUCUCCCA